AUGGCGGCGGCGGCCGGCGACGGGGCCAGCGAGGCCAGGGCGCGGGCGCUGCUGCAGCACCACCAGCCGUUCGCGCCGCUGCCAGGGGAGUACCACCACUUCGGCGCGCCCGCCGCCGCCGCCGAGGAGAUGGUGGAGGCGGUCGUCCUCAGGACGCCAUUGAAACGGAAACAUAAUAACAGACCAGGAAAUGAAGCUGGCGAAUCAAAUGACUUGAUGAUGAGCCCUGGAUAUGCUAAUGCUGGCAGCAGCCCAGUUCCUACACCCCCUUCAGGGAAAGGUUUAAAACCAUCCACCAAGCCUAAGGCUAUGAAGGGCCAGAAAUCUUGCCCUCAGACCCCUUUGAGUUUUGGUUCUCCGGGCAAUCCUUCUACCCCUGUUGGUGGCUGCCGCUAUGAUAGCUCCCUCGGGCUCUUGACAAAGAAGUUCCUGAACUUGCUAAAAGGUGCACCUGGUGGCAUUGUUGAUCUGAAUAAUGCUGCAGAAACUCUGGAGGUACAGAAAAGGCGCAUAUAUGACAUUACUAAUGUUCUCGAAGGGAUAGGGCUGAUAGAAAAGAAGCUUAAGAACAACAUCCGUUGGAAAGGAGUUGAUGACUCUCGACCCGGAGAAGUUAGUGAUGAUAUGUCCAUCUUACAGGCAGAUAUCGACGCUCUCACACUGCAAGAGCGCAAUUUGGAUGAACAAAUAAGUGAAAUGCGAGACAGAUUAAGAGCGCUGACUGAAGAUGAAAAUAACCAAAAGUGGCUUUAUGUCACGGAAGAUGAUAUCAAAUCUUUGCCAUGCUUCCAGAAUCAGACUCUAAUUGCUAUAAAAGCACCGCAUGGUACAACUUUGGAAGUCCCAGACCCUGAUGAGGUUAAUGGUUAUCCUCAAAGGAGAUAUAGGAUUGUCCUAAGAAGUACCAUGGGUCCGAUAGAUGUGUACCUAGUUAGUCAAUUUGAGGAGAUGAGUGGCAUGGAGACUCCUCCAAGGCCUACACAGACAAUAAGCAUGGAUCCUAUAGAGAAUCCUAGGACGCCUUUGGCUGCGAAUUGCAACAAAGUCACCGGGAUGCAAUCAAAUAUUCAAGAAGGGCCUAUCCUACCUUCUGAUGUACCUAGCAGUUCACAGGACAUUUCAGGGAUGAUGAAGAUUGUCCCUUCGGAGCUUGAUGCUGAUACAGACUACUGGCUCUUAUCGGACAACACAGGAGUUAGCAUGACGAACAUGUGGGAGACAGGACAAGAUGUGGAGUGGGACAGGAUUGAAAAAUUCAACGCAGAGGAUUUCCUGGAAGUGGGCACUCCCCAGCAGCAGGAUAAACCAGCCGACGUCGUGGAUGGCCCCACCUGUAUAAGUUGA